ACGAGUGUUCCGCCGGGGACAGUUCCGGUGGAUUUGUUGAGAUGCACCCACAGAGAGAAAGUUCUACGACCUGCAAGGUAACAAAGGUGAUCACCCGGAGGUCAGACAUGGUUGAUCCACUGAAUGCCCGGCAAAGGCUGUCAAUCCCAGACAACUUGCCGCCUUGUGUGGAACACGCUGGUAGGCCUGGCGGGUUGCGUGUCUCAUCAGGUCCACGAGCCGGAUGGAGAUCUCUGCCCCAAAGUCUCAAUGCUCGCCCAAUCUCCUGUGAAAGUCAGGGAGGGGCUGAUGCAGCUUCGUCUAGGCGAUGGCGCCAGCUAACCACUCAACCUAUCAUUUCGGCCCUUCAUUGUUUGUUUUUGAUUCUGUUUCCUUCCCUGAUCUUGUCUGGGCGUAAGCAACAGGCACGGCAACACCAAUGAGCGGCGGGGGCAU